AUGGACAAACUCACAAGAGGAUGGGUCCAGCAUCAACGCAAAGCUGCACGUCAAGAAGCCGCCUCGCGCAGCGUCUCAUGUCCGCUCUGCGAGGCCGAAGUGCAGCACAGCCUUGAUGAAUUCAAGGCGCACUAUACGUUGAAGCAUCCAACGUCAGCUGACCAUUCUGAUAUUGAGGAAGCCUUCAAGAACUGUACGCUCCAGGGCAACGAUGCCACCAAGGCUCGGCCCCCUGGGGACACCACUAAUGCCGGGGCAGUGACCAGAAAACGACCAGUAUCUGGCAACCCUGACUUCACCGACAGGGCUGAAGAUGACUUUGAUAGGCUGAAUUUAGCGGGGGAUGACUCAGUAUCUACCCGCCGAGGAAGUAAAAAGAUAUGUUCCCCUCCCGCGUCAAUCACCCAACAACGCGGCUCAUCACCACCGACUCCAGGCAGGAGUCGUGCCAGACUCAGUGAGAGAGAUGAUGACUUUGUUCGCACCAAGAACCCGACUGGUCGUCAACUCUGGACUGCCGAUGAUGCCCGAAAGACCGGUUCGCCGCAAAGACCACGAACGCCACAGACAAGGCAUGGCCAGUUGAUGUCCUCUUCCAGCCAUCAUCGGUCUCCCCAGCAUAAAGGCCAGCGCAAUCCAGGACAACAUCAUGGCCAGCCGAAACAGUCCGCCGAUGCCGCUGCGUCAACAUCGGAGUUGUUUCGUCAACCAGAUACUCGGUCUAUAUCCUCAGACCAGCUUGCCGCCGAAGUCCAAGGCAUCUAUGCCGGACUGGUUUUGCUCGAGAGCAAGUGCAUUGAAUAUGAUAGCACACAGAAGGAGACUGACCUAAGUCAAGAGCAAUAUCAUGCAUUGAUUUCUCUUCACCGAUCACUUCUCCAUGAGCACCAUGACUUUUUAUUGGCAUCUCAACACCCAUCAGCGAGCGCCGCGCUCCGAAGGCUUGCAUCCAAGUAUUUUAUGCCUGCACGAAUGUGGCGUCAUGGUAUACACUCGUUUUUAGAGCUUCUAAGGCGGAAACUGCCUGGCUCGCUUGAGCAUAUGCUCACCUUCAUAUAUAUCGCGUAUACCAUGAUGGCGUUGCUAUAUGAGACAGUUCCCGCGUUUGAAGAUACGUGGAUAGAGUGUCUUGGUGAUUUAGGGCGUUACAGGAUGGCAGUUGAAGAUGAUGAUAUCCGAGAUCGAGAAAUUUGGACUGGUGUAUCAAGAUUCUGGUAUACUAAGGCUUCGGAUAAGAUACCAAUGACCGGACGACUUUAUCACCACCUAGCGAUUUUGGCACGACCAAAUGCCCUGCAACAGUUAUACUAUUAUGCUAAAUCUCUCUGCGUUCCAGUGCCAUUUCUCAGCGCUAGGGAUAGCGUCAUGACGCUAUUUGAUCCCCUCUUAAAUGCAAAUCCAAGUGCUUCUCAACGUCUAGAGCCAGCUGAUGUAGCUUUUGUGCGAGUUCAUGGCAUACUCUUCUCUGGCACGCAUGAGGAUCAGCUCGAGCCCUCGAUGAAGCAAUUUCUGGAACUUCUGGAUAAUCGCAUUGGAAGAGAACAUGGAAAUUGGCUUGAAUCUGGGUAUUUUAUUGGCAUCUCAUUAAGCUGCCUGCUCCUAGGUUUUGGAGAUACGUCAAAUGUCCUUAUGAAUGCUGUUUUGAAGAGUCAACAAGCAGACGACACUAUGAUGGAUGAUCUUCCAGAUCCGGUGCUGACUGACGCAUUCAAGACAGCGGUGGGAUUUGCAGCUCGCACGUAUGAGAUUGUUAUUGCUCGGUGGGGUGACAAGAACACAUUGCCAUGCCUUCAUACCCUCUUAGUAUUCCACUGGUUUAUGAUGGAUUUUGACGUGGGAAGACAGUACUUAGAGGACUCACUCCCAUGGGAACAGACUGCUUUACUAUUCAACUAUCUAUUACGGACUAGCGAGUUUACACCACGGUUGGAUACCCCGGAAAUUCCGUGGCCCGAAGGUGGUAAGGCGCACCCUCUUCCCGAAGACUAUGCUAUGCGUGGUUUAAUCUAUACCGGAACCUAUUUCCCAAAGAAGUGGUUUGAUAAUACGGCGAUUGAUGACGACGAAAAAUACUUUGAGCCUGCGUCAACCGUAGGCAAGCGUUGCGAAAGAAUCCUGUGGCUCGGGCAUAGCAUUGCAAUGAAGAAAAGACAGCUGCACUGGGAUAAGCAUGCGAGGCAGUUCUCUACAAAGGGGGGAAAUCACAACGACGAGCUCGAAGAUGAGCCAGUUGAGCUGGCCGCGUCUGUUACUGAUGUUGCAUCGACCGAACCAGCAAACCCGUGA